AUGGAGGUGCUGGUACUUGCAGUGAACAGCGGUGCCGAUACGAUGUUCGAUGUAGUUUUGGGCGUUCUGGAAUGUCCGUGCUCUCAACUACCCACUAUCAUUCGGGGAGGAUCACGGCCUCCUGUAGAACUGCAAGAUCAUCAAGUGCUUGUUUCAAGAAAGCGUUUGGACAGAGACUCGUUGUCUGCCUUCAUCAAGAAAGACCAAGCUGGGAAUGCAGACACGUUACCGACUGGACCUUUUAGUGCUGGCGAUACCAGUCACUUGUUACGGAAAAUAGGCAGGAAGAGUAAGAAGAUCAAGCUCCUGUCCGAGCAGGUUGACUCCUUCAAGGCCAAGGCUCAAGAUGCAAUACAGAAGGCACAACAUCUCGAGAUGGAGCAAGAACAGUUCUUCGACGACGUACAGGAAAUGAAGAACCAGUUCGAUAAACUAGCAGAGAAUCACCGCAAACUCAUGUGGGAAUAUCUCCCAGCACGUGACCCAAGUCUUCGCGCGAUACCGCGCCUAACAGCAAAAUUACCGGAGACUCCUACGACUAUCGGACAGUACCCGUUAGAACAAGUACUAGGCUACGGUCAGUACGCUGUAGUUUACACGUCAAGCACGCCCGAACGUGCCGAGUUGGCGAUCAAGGCGAUAGACAAGCAGAAGCUCGUGGAUCUCGUGUCGCUGCAUCGCAUCAGCUCCGAGAUCACGUCACUAAGCGACACUGCUAUUCGACAUCCAGGUAUCUUGGAGUUAGUGGACGUUAUUCAUACGCACAAGCAUGUCUACUUGGUCACGGAGCGUGGAGGUAAGGACUUAUUCGAGUUCUUUGGGGCUCAUGUGGACGGACUGGGGGAGGAUACGAUUCGUCCAUUGUUCUUAAACCUCGCACAAGCCGUUGAAGUGCUACAUCGCAACAAUUAUUGUCAUCGAGACUUGAAGCCGGAGAAUGUUCUGUAUGCGCCGGAGAGUUCGCAUCUGGUCAAACUCAUUGACUUUGGUCUGUGCACGAAAGCGACGACAGAGCUGCACGAUUUCUGCGGCAGUCCUGGCUUCUUUGCCCCGGAGUUACUGCUUCAUGAUGGCUACGAUGGAUGCAAGGCAGACGUUUGGAGUAUCGGCUGCAUCUUGCUUGAGUUAGUACUGGGAAACACGCUCUUCUCAUCGAUCUGGAUGUCUAUGUACGAUAUUUCGAUCCUGAAAGAGCCUAAGACGUUCGGCGAGUGCGUUAAAGCAGCAUUGACACAAAUGCGAGACUUCUGCAACGGAUCCGAGUGGAGAUAUUCAGCCAAACUACGUAGUGCUCUCGUAGGAAUGCUGUGUGAAAAUCCGACCGAACGCUUGUCCAUACACCAAGUUUUAGCCCACCCAUGGCUAACUGUCGAAGGUCCAUUACCGGCUUCCCACUCAGUAUCAAGAAGAGCGUCACCUGUCAAAACAAAGAGGAGUCACGGUCUCCCUGCCAGCGCCGCAGCUCGAAUAUCUGACGGUGAUGCAAGCAUACAGCCGCUCCCACGGUCACUCGACUACCCGCCACUAGUAUCUUCUGCUCCUGGUUCUCCACGUGUCCACCAUUUGCAUUCUCCACCCUCAGCAAAGCUCAAUCUACCAAGUUUAUCACCGGAUAAGCCGCCAAGUCGAUGCUCUCCAGAGCGUAAGGCAUCAACCAAGCUUGCGUUCAGUGUCACUCGAGUUUAA